AAGUCCUCCCCUUUCGGAAUAAAACUGAGAAGGACCAACUACUCCCUGCGUUUCCACUGCGACCAGCAGGCCGAGCAGAAGAAGAAGAAGAGACACGGCAGCUCGGGAGACAGCGCGGACGCCCCCGGGGAGAGAGAAGCGGAGGGAGCGGCCCCCAAGCCAGGCCCUGCGCCCCCGCAGGACGGGAAGCAGCCCCCAGCCCCCCGCAGGGACUCUGCGCCGGGAGCCCAGCCCGGCCCCGCGCCAGCCGGCAGCCAGGCCCCGGCUGCAGAGCUGGACCAGACAGCCGGCAGAGCAGCGCCGGUGCAGAAGCCUGCCCUGGCGCCCAAGCCUGCUGGCCACACACCCCCGUCGUCCCCGCUCGCCAAGCUCAGCCGGCCCUAUUUGGCAGAGCUACUGGCUCGGAGGGCUGGGAAGCCCGACUCCGAACCCAGCCAGCUGCCCAGGGAGAGCCAGGAGAGCAGGGACCCCCAGCCACCCUCACCACCAGCCCCGGAUGAAAGGAAGGGCCAGAAGAGGGACCAGGAGGAAGAGGCGUGGGAGAGGAAGCCCGCUUCCCCACCUCGGACUGCCGCCCAGCCGGACAGACUUUCCCAGACUCCAGAGGCUGCGCGGAAAGAGAAGCCAGUGCUCCAGAGCAGGCACUCUCUGGAUGGCUCCAGACUCUCGGAGAAAGGGGAAACGGCGCAGCCGCUGUGGGUAACGCUAGCACUGCAGAAGCAGAGGGGCUUUCGUGAGCAGCAAGCCACCCGCGCGGAGAGGAAGCAGGCCCGGGAGGCCAAGCAGGCAGAAAAGCUCUCCAAAGAGAACACCAGCGCCGGCGCACAGCCUGGCAGCGGCAGUGUCCGCAGAGCAGGUUCACUGCAGAAGUCUGCGGCUCAGCCAGAGGAGAAGCCGGAGACGGCCGCGUCCCGGCUUGAGCGCCGAGAACAGCUGAAAAAGGCCAACACCCUUCCGACAUCCGUGACAGUGGAAAUCUCAGAUUCGGCACCGCCAGCUCCACUGGUGAAAGAAGUCCCCAAGAGAUUCUCCACCCCCGACGCUGCCCCGGUGUCUACAGAACCAGCCUGGCUGGCUUUGGCCAAGAGAAAAGCAAAGGCCUGGAGCGACUGUCCACAGAUCAUUAAGUAGAGUGACCCGCCCAUUCCUGUUGCCAGUUCUUGGCUCCUCUCUUGCCCUUUUUAUUUAUUUAUUUUUUAUAUGAAGUAAAGAAAGCAAGGUAGGGGAAGGAAGCAUGUUUUAUAGGCGCUCAAGCAAUGUUUAGAAAUUGAGCUGGUGGUGUUCAUUGUAAAGAGUGUAUUUGCACAACCCUAGGUCCCGGUGCCUUGAGCUCCCCUAGUUCUCAAGAGACAGUUUUGUCUAAGGGACCAUGUGAAGUUAAAUCUGCAAACUGAGCUCCUCCCGAGAGUCCGCUGCACCCACGCCCCAACCCUCACCCUUGCAGAGGCACACCUCCUACAGGCCAUUCAGACACGUACUUUCCCAAUCUUCGUAAAGGUUUUUGAUUCUCCUGGUUUCUUCUUUCUUUCUUUUUUUUUUUUUUUUUGGUUUUUCUCCGGUACCGGGAACCGAACUCACGGCCUUGCACUUGCCAGGCAGGUGCUUUUGCCGCUGAGCUAAGUCCCCAGCCCCUGGUUUCUUCUUUCGAAGGCAUUUGCCUUACCAUAUGUUUGGGUCUGUCUGCCCUUCCUACAGUAAAGGUAAAAGGGUCAUGUAGAGAGAAAACAAGAAUGCCACCUUCUGAAUGCAGGAAGUCACUGGAAAUCGCAAAGGAGAGUCUGGCUCCCAGCUCUGUGCCUCUGUCCGCUUUCUGUACAUCGCCCUCCCCAAAGCUGGGACAUGGAAGCAAAUCCAUUCACACUUCUGCCGCACUGGAUGCAGUGUGAGCAGCACACCGAGGCCCACUGUACUAGUACCCUCUCUAAGGACGUGAAACAUUUGGCCCAAUUGGCUCCUCGGGGCCACUUUUCUAUAAUAUGGUAAAGAAAGAAAAUUCCGUAUCAGAGUUGUAAGAGCCCUCUCUCUCUGAGAAUCUCCAUCUAGUGCAGUGCUUCUUCAGAUGUCCGGGCUGUGGCCCAGGCCUGCUCACCUGAUGCUGUGAGGACAGGGCCGGGAGGGCACAUGCUGGCAGACACUUCAGAUGCUUUCUGGUUUGUCCCGAAGGUUGAACCCUUUGGAUGCACUGAUUCUAGGGUAAUCCAAUUUUCCGUACUCUGAGGGGAGUCUCAUUCACCCAAAGAAGCAAAAGAUCAGAAAAAAAUAAAAUAAGCAUGCAAACCAGCCAUUAUUUAAAAAUGUAACAGGCUACUGACACUGUAUGUCUCUGAAAAUUCCCUUGGGUCUUGAAAGAAAAUUAAAAGGAACCCAAGAUCUAGAGCCUUCGUACUAAAAGGUUUUUUUACUCUAUUUGAGUAAUUCAUAGAGUCAGAUGUUCAGUAGCAUUUAUAAUCUAGCGCAUUCACCUUGCUACCUUUAAAACAAUCUCAGAGUUUUAAGUGGCCUUGUUGUCAUACACAUGUGCACUCAAAGAAGGGACUUGGUAGUUUCAAAGCCACAUUUACUUUUAUUUCCCUAAAUUUGCUUUACAUGAACCACAGAUAAACCAGCAAACCCCUCCACACCACUGGCACCAACUUCCUAUGUCAUGGUAUUCGCACAUUUCCCUUUUCCUGGAUUCUUACUCCCAAAUAUAGGUAUAAAUUCUUUGCUCAGUACAAGGCGAAUUACAUCCUUUUUUCUCAUACAAAAACAUAUUUUAUAGUAUUCAUCAUUUCUUUAUGCUUACUCAAUAUGCAGUGUGAUGUUAUGCUGUCAUUUCCUUAAAGAAUGACAGAAGAGUGAUUUACCAUAUUCUUCCUAGAAACAGUGGCUCAGCUUCACUGUAGCAGCUGGCGUGUGUGGUCAAUUGGAUAGUUGUACUCCUGCAAGUUGGAUUUAAUGUUAUAUAUACUGGACCUUCAGACUGUUAAGAAUCAAUGUAAUAUUUUCAUUACUAUUGGAAGCAAGUAAUAUUCCACUGCACGUUUUUCACACUGAUGUUCAUUUCUAAGUCUUAUAAGUAGGCAUUUGUUAGUUCAAUGAUUUCCUCACUAAUAUAACACUUCUUAAUGGCAAUCUCUCCACCUACAGUCCUGGAAUUACAGUACUCCCAUAAUUCUUCCAAACUGACUUUUUCUCUCCUCCUAUCAGUUUUAAACAGUACCACAGUAGUAACAGGGAACAGGUGAGGAAGUGAGAUCAUUGAAGAACGGUACAUGAGUCAGCUGGCUCAGAUACUACCUAGCCCAAGGCAGGAGAUGGGCCUCUGUUAAGAGUGUUCCUUCAGCCAGGUACAGGGCCACAUGCCGGUAAUCCCAGCUCUCUGGAGGCUGAGGCAGGAGAGUAAGUUUACGGCCAGCCUGGGCAAUGUUGUAAGAGGCUGUCUCAACAUUCAAUUUCAAAGGGGCUGGGGACCUAUAGCUCAGUGAUCCCUGCGUUCAGUCCCCACCACCAAAAAAAGAUCUUUCAAAAGGUUUUCAAAAGAAGAGUCUACCAAGGAAAGGGAGUUCAGUACUUUUACCCAUUUCUAAAGGGUACAUAUUUUAUCAUUUCAUCUACAAAUCCAUCCCAGAUUUGCACUACGUACCAGUGAAGUGUUAUUUUGCUUUGGUUGUGUUGCAGUCAUUUCUGUGCAACAAACUAGGGGGAAAUUCUGUAAAAAUACUGAAAGUUCAAGGUAGUCUUUUUCUAAAUGAAUGUUAUGUUAGAUACCUAAGUUUUGUUUUUUUUUUAAUUUAAACACACUUUUCCCAGCAAGGUUAUAGAUCAUUAACCUUUGUUCAUAGGCUUAUGUAUAAAACUAGAGGUUUUUGUUUACUUUUUUAAUUUUUCAAGUGCAAUUGUUUCUUACACAAACAUUACUAUUAUCAUUCUAGUUAUCUGCAAAUGUAAUAGUAUGUAUUCAUUGUCUCUUCUUGUGACGUUUAAUUGCUUAUUUUAAAGCAGAAAUAUUAGCUACAAGUGUCUUGCAAUAUUUCUACCAACAUUAGUAGAGAAUGAAAAUAACUUAGUGUAAUUUUAUUUGAGAUUUUUGGUUGUAUAAAGUUUUAAUGUAAAAUGUCCAUUACUGAAGGGAAAAGAUCUUUCAAUAAAAAAUAACAAGAAGAUCUUGGGCGUUAAUGAAAA